CCUCCCCAGGCACGGUCCCGCUCUGCCGAGGAAUUGCAUGGGGCAGAGCAGCCCAGGCAGCCCCUGUGUGAGCUGCAGCCCCUGGGAGGGCCCAGUGCACCCAUGAUGAUUGUUGCCAGCCAGUCAGAAAAUGGGCAGGUGCUGCAUGUCAUUCCUUCUGCCCAGCCAGGAGUGACCCAAGUGAUUAUUCCUCCAGGUCAGCUUCUGGAUGUGACCAGCACACAGGAUAUUGCAGAAGAGAAGUGUGGUGAUGGGAACCUGCAGACUGUGGUGGUGGCUUCCAUAGCAGACAGUGCAAGCAGUUACAUUCUACAUCCACAGGCAUCUCUCACUGUAUCAAAAAAACCAACCACCAGGGCAGUGGAAGAUUCUUUUCCCAUCCCUCUUCAGCCACUGCCACUAAAUACGCCUGCAUGGGCACGCCGUCUCAGGAACUGUGAGAGAAUUGGGGACUCGUACCGCGGCUAUUGCGUGAGCGAGGCAGAGUUAGAGAGCGUCCUGGCGCUCCACAAGCAGCAGACACAGAGCGUGUGGGGCACGCGCCAGUCUCCGAGCCCCGCCAAACCCGCCACACGCUUGAUGUGGAAAUCCCAGUAUGUCCCAUAUGAUGGGAUCCCCUUUGUCAAUGCAGGAAGCAGAGCCAUUGUAAUGGAGUGCCAAUAUGGACCAAGGAGGAAAGGAUUUCAGCCCAAAAAAGCUGGUGAGCAGGAAAGCACCUCUAGCCAGCUGUACAAAGCCACUUGUCCAGCAAGGAUCUAUAUUAAAAAGGUCCAAAAGUUUCCAGAAUACAGGGUUCCUACUGACCCUAAAAUUGACAAGAAAAUCAUAAGAAUGGAGCAGGAGAAAGCAUUCAACAUGCUGAAGAAGAACUUGAUAGAUGCUGGUGGUGUCCUCAGGUGGUAUGUACAGUUACCUACUCAGCAAGCGCACCAAUAUCAUGAGAUGGAAACUUCCUGCCUUCCUCCAUCACCAUCCCAUCUUUCUAUGUCUUCUCCUGAGGAGGAGGAGGAGGUCAUUAGGGAUGAGAACAGUACUCUGCCUUCUCGACUUCAUCCUCAAGUGGCAGACAAGAUCCGAGAACUGGUGUCUCAGGGAGUAGAGCAGGUCUAUGCAGUGAGGAAGCAGCUAAGAAAGUAUGUGGAAAGAGAAUUGUUCACACCUGAUGAAGUGCCAGAAAGACAUAACCUGUCCUUCUUCCCCACUGUGAAUGACAUCAAGAAUCACAUUCAUGAAGUGCAGAAGUCCCUCAGGAAUGGAGAGAUGGUGUAUAAUUCAGAAAGUAUCCCAGCAACGCUGCAGUGGACCACAGACAGUGGGAAUGUCCUCGCAGAAACAGUGACGGUUGCGUUUGCCUCGGCACCUUCAGAUGGGAGCUCAGGAGUGGAGUCAGUCAUCACCAAAGCAGAAUCCAGCCAGAGUGGGGAGUCCUUGAUACCAGAAACGGCUCAGCUGCUGUCUUCACUCUCCUCACUUCAGCCCAAGAUAUUUGCACAGCUUCAGGGAUUACAGCUGCAGUCAGCAUUUACCUCGACAAACGGAUCAACAGCCCUGCUAGCUGUAAAUAACCAUUCCCCUCCCAGCCCUGCAGCUCUCCUGGAUUCCCUGGGGGGUGCAAUAGGCAGCCAUUCUCUAGCACUGGGUCAGGGGCACAGUCUGCAAGGUGCUGGCCUGACACAGGACAGUGCUGCUGUGCCCACUUUUGGGACUCUGCCUGCCUCUGAUCAGAGUCUGCUUGCCAUGGGUCAGCUGGUACCAGCUGAAGGGGUGGAUGACUCCAGAAGCCUGGAAGGAGGAGUGCAGCAGAUUCUCUUGGGAGAUGUGCAGACUAUCCCAGUACGGAUUGUGGACAGCCAGCCAGCACUUACUGAAGAAAAUACGGAGGGUGUUGUUACUUGUGUGAGCCAAGUUAAACAAGAACCAAGAGAGAAAGCAUUGUCUAUGGAAACAGAUAAAAUCAGAGACUGCCACAGUUCCUCACCAUAGUUCUUCACCUUCACCUGUGAAGCCUGGAAGGAUUUUCA